AUGUCCCUCUCGCGCGUUUCCCGCACUCUCCCCCGUGUUGCGCGCUUGGCGCGCGGCUACGCCUGCACCUCGGGCCUCACCGCCAACACUGCAUACACUGCCGUUACCCACCCGGACAACUCGGCUCCCGAGGCUACCCAGGAAUUGAUCAAGGAGCACUCGUCGUACCUCCUCAACACGUACGCGCGCCCCCAGAUCCUCUUCACCAAGGGCAAGGGUGCCAACCUGACCGACUCGGCCGGUCGCGAGUACCUCGACUUUUCGGCCGGUAUCGCGGUGACUGCUUUGGGUCACUCGGAUGCCCAGCUCAACGCUGUUCAGGCCGCGCAGGCUGAAAAGCUCUCGCACGUCUCCAACGUCUACUGGAACGAGCACGCCGGCGCGCUCGCCAAGGACCUCGUCGAGGGCACCCGUGCUGCUGGUGGUCUCGGCCUUGCAAAGUCGGGCGGUCCCGGUGCCAAGGUCUUCUUCUCCAACUCGGGUACUGAGGCCAACGAGGGUGCGCUCAAGUUUGCCCGCAAGUACGGCAAGGAUGUUGGCGGCGAGAACAAGACUGGCAUUGUCUGCUUUACCAACGCGUUCCACGGUCGCUCCAUGGGCGCCCUGUCGUGCACCCCCAACCCCAAGUACCAGGCUCCCUUUGCUCCCUUAAUCCCCAACGUGCGUGUGGGCGAGUACAACAACGCCGAUGCCGCCGUGAUUGCCGAGCUCGUCAACGAGAACACUUGCGGUGUUAUCAUUGAGCCCGUCCAGGGUGAGGGUGGUGUCGGCACCGCGUCGGUCGAGUUCCUCACUGCUCUCGCCAAGCGCUGCCGCGAGGUCAACGCCGUCCUCAUCUACGACGAGAUCCAGUGCGGUCUCUUCCGCACGGGCACCAUGUGGGCUCACUCGGAGCUGCCCGUCGAGGCCCAGCCCGACGUUGUCACCAUGGCCAAGCCCCUCGCCAACGGCUUCCCCAUCGGCGCCAUCCUUGUCCGCGAGAACGUUGCCGAUGUCAUCGGCGUCGGCGCCCACGGCACCACUUUCGGUGGCCAGCCCCUCGCCUGCGCUCUGGGCCGUCACGUCCUCGGCCGCAUCUCUGCUCCCGAGUUUGGUGCCCACCUCGCCGACUCGGCCGCCCACCUCGACACCUUGAUCGCCCGCCUCCCCAAGCUCUUCCCCCAGUUCAUCAAGGAGGAGACCCGCGGCCGUGGUCUGAUCCGUGGUAUCCCCUUCAAGAACGAGAAGCAGCCCGGAGAGGUCGUCCGCAUGGCCCGUGAGCGCGGUGUCCUCCUCCUCACUGCUGGUUCGGACGCUGUCCGUCUCAUCCCCCCUCUCACCAUCACCAAGGAGCAGUGUGACCAGGCCGUCGCCGUCAUCGAGUCGGUCCUCACUGUCAUGGACAAGGAGGGCAAGUGGUAA